UCAUUCUGUUGCGAAGCUUUGACGGCGCUGGCAGCUGUCUCUCUUGCAAGGGCAAGGCACACACAAUUGUAAUUGUUAAUUAAAUAUAUAUAAAUCAAAACUUGAACUUGUUGUUGCUGCUGCUGCUGCUGUUGUUGCUGUUGCUGUGGUGCUUCCAUUAUUUGUCCAGACAAUGUCACGCCUCAUUGCCAGCGCCCGAAGCGCAUUCAGACGCCAUCCCUUCGUAACCAACAGCGCCAUCUACGGCAGCCUCUAUGUGGCUGCCGAGUUCUCACAGCAAUAUGUCUCCAAGCGCUGGCUGGCGCCGGAGCAGCGUGAGGAUAUCGAUUAUGCAACUGUAGGACGCUAUGCUGUAAUGGGUACCACACUCUAUGCCCCAUCGCUAUACGCUUGGUACAAAUGGCUGGAUGGCACCUUUCCAGGUACACUGAAAACAACUAUUAUCAAGAAAUUGGUACUGGACCAGUUUGUAUUGACACCCUAUUGUCUGACAUUAUUUUAUACGGGCAUGUCUCUGAUGGAGGGCGCCGAGGACCCCUUUGCGGAGUUGCGUGAAAAAUUCGUGCCUACAUUUUUUCGAUCUUGCAUCUUCUGGCUGCCGGCACAAGCAUUGAAUUUUAUGUUUAUAGCGCCACGAUUUCGUAUCAUCUAUAUGGGCAUAUGCGGCAUGAUUUGGGUAAACAUACUGUGCUACAUAAAGCGACAGAAUCUGACCACAACAGCAACAACAACAACGGCAGCAGCAACAGCAGCAACAGCGACAACAAUCAAGCAACAGUAAAAAGAAUGCCUAGGCGUGAUUGGAUUAGAUAGUAGCUUAACACACAUGCAGAUAGAUAUAUACAUAUGUAUAUAGUUAUAUUUUGAUAUAUAUAUAUGUAUAUUUGAUA